AUGGAUAACAUCAUGAACUUGCAAGUCAUCUAUAGUGCCUGGCUUCAUGCUGCAGCAGACAAUGAUUCCGAUACUAUUUCGCCGUCGUUGGCAACACCCCAAGAGUACGGUCCUCUGUUGCAAGAAUCUGUCGGGGUCGUCAAUGUCAUGGCAGAUCCUCCUGUUGGACAACUUUCCCCAGAUCUAAUGGUCGCCGGUUCCAUGAACCACAUCGUACCGCCCUUCCAGUCAUUCGCAGAUGGGCAUGCCACAGAGAGGCUGACCACAUCCAGUUUUUCAGCCAGACGUUAUCCCACAUUUGUGUCUCUCCAUCGUGCUCGGCGGUCAGGAGAAAGUGAAGUAAAGAUAGCCACACUCGCCAUGUGGACAACAUUCAUCUCCGCAAAGUCAGGGCUAUAUGCACUCGCUGUGAAAGAGAAUUCACGCGCAAAUACUAUGUUCGAGCACGAGUUGCUGACCCGUGAAUCGAAGGAAGACGAAGAGAAGCGAUAUGAUUGGGUCAUAGACUGGGCUAUGGUCGUGUGGGAUCUCGACCAUCUCAAGAUGUUAUGCCGUACUGGUGGCUGUCGUAUAUGGUCUCAAGAAUCAAGAUGGUUCCAAGGUGGUGGGCAGGUUAUCGGUUGA